AUGCCGCCUCAGAUCAAGCAGGACCUCAACCGCUCAGGAUGGGAGUCGACCGACUUCCCGUCCGUCUGCGAGACGUGUCUGCCUGAGAAUCCCUACGUCAAGAUGAUCAAGGAAGAUUACGGUGCGGAAUGCAAGUUGUGUACCAGACCCUUUACCGUCUUUGCAUGGAGCGCCACCCGCGCCCAUGGCCGUAAGAAGAGGACAAACAUCUGCCUGACCUGCGCGCGACUCAAGAACUGCUGCCAAUGCUGCAUGCUCGAUCUUUCGUUCGGUCUUCCAAUCGUCGUACGAGAUGCCGCCCUCAAAAUGGUCGCCCCGGGUCCGCAGUCCGAUAUCAACCGAGAAUACUUUGCCCAGAACAAUGAGAAGCUCAUCGAGGAGGGCAAGGCUGGAACAGAAGAGUACGAGAAGACGGACGAGAAGGCGCGCGAGCUGCUGCGCCGACUCGCCAACAGCAAACCCUACUUCCGAAAGGGCAAGACGAUUGAGGAUGCUGGUGAGGGUUCAAAGGGUGGAAACGCAGCUGUCGGCGCUGGCGUCGGCGGACCUGGACCGAUUCGAACACGAGAUACAAAGGCGGCCAUUGCCGCAGGAGCAAAGACUAGCAUUAAGGGUCGCCAGGUCUUCCCCAGCGCUGCCCAGCUGCCCCCGAGCCCGCGCGAUUGGCAGCCCCCUGCCGACAAGAACGUCAUGUCACUCUUCGUGACCGGUAUCGAAGACGACCUGCCCGAGUACAAGCUGCGGGACUUCUUCAAGGUCCAUGGAAAGAUCAAGAGCUUGGUGUGCUCGCAUAUGUCACAUUGCGCGUUUGUCAACUACGAGACUCGGGAGGCGGCAGAGAAGGCGGCGGAAGCCUGCCAGGGACGAGCCGUUGUUGCGGGAUGCCCACUAAGGGUACGAUGGGGACAGCCCAAGGCCAUUGGGACUAUGGACAAGGAGCAGAGAGCUCAGAUGUUGAAGGAUGCCAAGCAGCGCCAGGCGGGAGGUCAGGGCCAGCGGGCGAUCGAGGGUGGCAGAGGCGCUGGAACCAGGCCAGCCGCGUUGCCUGCACCAGUGGCAGCGCCCCCCGGAGCAUCUGAUACGCCCGCAUAUGCCUCUCUGACCGGAGACUAA